AUGAACAUAUUGCUCACUCAUCCUCCUUCCCAACAAGCCUUUGUAGUUCGCAGCAGCGUGGGACGCUUUCUUCCAGGACGCCAUCGGCUGUACAGUUGUGGUAGCAGGGUAAUAAUUAGCUGGAUUUCUCAGAAGAAUUACGUUUCGUUGCAGUCGUCUUCAUCCUAUACCUCAUCGUUAUCAACAGCAUCGCCACAGCACAGCUGGUCGAACUCCGGUACUCCAAGACAUCAGACAGAUUUUGAUUCCACUGCUACUUUGCCGCCACUUUCGUCAAGGCCAGUCAGUCGUCCUGCUCCAAGCUUCCAUUCGCCGUCUUCUCCGGCGGCCAGACAGCUAGCUGCCGAACUGGAUGAAUUACGUCGCAUCGGGAGCGAAAUGCAGCAGAGGCACGACCCGUUCGGUAAUCCAAGCUUUUCGAGACUGUUCGGACGCAAGGCUGCUUCAACGUUAACACUACCGCGUAAGAAGCUUUCGUUGACAUCUUCAGGAGGAAUAUCAGGCAAGUGUAAUGGACAUGAUUUGGCGUCUAGUGACUGCAGAAGAGUUCGUGCCUGUAGAGUUAUCGUAACUUCCUAA